AUGGACGCCUCGAGCACGAGCACGACGCAGGCCUAUGCGAACUCUGGCGCUCCACACAGUGCCGUGCACAACGUAAUCAUAGGUGCUAUUGUGGGCAGCAUCCUGAAGACAGUAGUGUAUUCAUACAACGAGCAAGCAAGGCACAUAUGGGGCUUCGAAGCAAAGAGCAUGUCCUCACUCACUGGCAUACGAGUGCGGCCUUCGAGCUCAGGCUCUCAGGUGGGUAUGGACGCGACGACGAUGACGCCUUCGUACACCGUGGCUGAGGACAGCGUAGCGGGUGAUCUGUACAACGGCGAACCGGUGGAGAGUACUGUGUUCACGUUGAGAGCACUCGAGCCGGGUGAAGAUGCUGGGCGAGUCGACGCUGAGGAGUUACCACCGUCGCCCGCGUACAGUAGCCCGUGA